AUGUGGGCAAAAAUACUUUGCUGUUUGAUAGUUGCCGUCAGUACAGUGAUUGCGGACGAUGUUUUUGAAAAAAAUCUUAAGGAAAGAAAUUAUUUACUGCAAAAGGAGCUUAAGUUAAUGUUAGGGAGUGAUAUAGUGUUAAGUGAUAAUGAGGAGCAAGUGAAUAAAUUGUUAAUGAAGCUUAAGAACAAUGAAUUAGAAUAUGGCUUCAAUUAUCCGCAGCAUUUUAAUUUUUCUAAACACUUCUUCGAAUAUAAAGAUGAAGUGAAAAAAUCUGAAUUAUUUAAGCUUAUCCAAAGAAUGCCUAAGGGGGCAGUUCUUCAUGCACACGAUACAGGUAUUUUAGGCCCUGACUAUGUUCUCUCAAUCACUUAUUGGGAUGAUUUGUACGUAUGUUUUGAAGAAGAGAAUAUUCUCUUUUUGUUUUCACGCAAUGUCCCCACAUCGUCUUGUGAAACAGUAUGGCAGGUCAUGAAAGAAGCUCGAUAUACAUCAGGGAAUGUUGAAAAAUUUGAUGCCAAAUUGAGAGAACAUUUUACCUUGGUUGUUGAAGAUCCAAAUGAGAUAUAUACUGAUAUUAAUGUAGUAUGGUCGAAGUUUCAAAAAUAUUUCAUUACAACCACAUCCCUAUUCACCUACAAACCAGUAUGGGAACAAUAUUUUUAUGACACAUUAAAAGCAUUAAGAGCAGAUAAUAUUAUGUACUUAGAACUUAGAAGUGUACUACCUACUCUAUACGAUUUAGAUGGAAACGAGUAUGAUACGCUUGAUACAGCUUUUUCAUAUAAACAAGUCUUAGACAAAUUUAAAAAUGAUUAUCCAGACUUCUACGGCGCUAAGCUUAUCUACGCUCCAUUAAGGUAUGUUAAUGUUAAAACUAUUGAAGAAUAUUUGAAAGUGGCCAAAAAAUUACAAAACAAAUUGCCUGAUUUUUUAGCAGGAUUUGAUUUAGUUGGCCAGGAAGACUUGGGUGUGCCUAUUAAAGAGUUUUUACAUGUUCUAUCGAACUCGCAUAAAGAUAUCAAUUAUUUCUUCCACGCUGGUGAAACAAAUUGGUAUGGAACAAGUUCUGAUGAAAAUAUAGUAGAUGCAAUUGUUCUUGGUACUCGUCGGAUUGGACAUGCCUUUGCUCUCGCUAAGCAUCCUGUUUUGAUUAAAGAAGUGAAAAAACGAGACAUUGGUGUGGAAGUGAAUGUGGUUUCAAAUUCUGUGUUAAAGUUGGUCGAUGAUGUAAGGAAUCAUCCAUUAGCUAUCUUUUUAGCAAAUAACCUACCUGUGGUGAUUUCGAGUGACGAUCCAGGAAUGUGGGAAGCUGAACCUUUAUCGCAUGAUUUUUAUGUAACAUUUGUUGGUAUCGCAAGUCGGCAUGCUGAUUUGAAGCUUUUGAAGAAAUUAGCACUUAAUUCGUUGUAUUACAGUACAUAUCCGAAUAAAGAUAAAAUAAUUUAUGAGUUUGAAAUAAGAUGGACGAAAUUCAUAGAUUCCAUUUUACAAAAUUGUGCAUCGGUACAU